AUGCAGUAUCAACCGGUUAAUUCAGACGAUCGUAUAUCCCGGCCCACCGUCAACUACUUUUCGAUUCGAGUUUGCGUUACUGUUGCCGUACUGUGCACCAUCGUCAACGUCAUUCUUACCGCCUCUUCCUCCACGAUAACAUCACAGCAUUCUGCGCGCGGCUUUUCAAGGCAGGAUAUAUCUCUGCUGCGGCGCCCGUCUCAGUUCAUCGGUUUUGAUAAGAUCGAACGACCCUCGCCUCCAAAACCUCGCCAGUUCCAUAACUAUCCAAUUCUAGUAGCCACUGUUGAUAGCGCUGCUGCGGACAAAGCUUUUGGGUAUGAUCUGAAACGAGUCAUGUCACCUGCGGGUACUAUCUCAUUCGACGAAUGGCAUGUUAUUAUCAACCAAACCGUUUCCACGAUCGUACAGUUCAGAGCGUUUGAUUGGGGGAUGGAGACGUGCCAACUUGGCCUAUCCCUUCCAAGCGCGAUCAACAACUCGACAACGGCGCAGGCACCUCUGACCGUGUACCGUCUGGAUUCAUCCCAUGCCUUGAAUCCUCUAUCUCUCUCGUAUCGCACUCAUCCAGAGCGCGCAUCGCAGAUUGCAACCAUUGAACUGUCGGCGGAACCUUCCCAUUGGCAACGCAAUUUCACCUGCGCUACCGAGGAAGUGUUGACCUUCGAAUUUGCCUGUUCUGGUCUGAGCCUGCCGGAACUUUGCAGGUUCGAUUGGUGGCAAGAGAAAAGAUCCGAUAUUACUCCAGCUGUGUACAUGAUUCAGCAUGCAACGAAGUAG